AUGGAUUUAUCAACAAGGCCAAAUAAGCAAGGAUUUAGCGGCGAUGAGGCAAAUCAACAAAUAUUAGGGCCGAUUUGCUUUGUUUGCUUUGGCGGCUGCGCUGCCCGAAACUACUUCCCUCCCACAUGCGAACUCGAAAAGAUCCUUAACAUGACCAUCGCCGCUUGCGAUCCCCUCGAUGGAAAAGCCGACGGCGUCAUUGCCCGCUCUGACCUCUGCAAGAACACCUUUGACUUCAACACCACCGUCAGUCAAGCAUACUCCUGCCCCGCCAAGGCUGCCAGCACCGGCCCUGGUUUCCCCACCCCGGCAAGCCCGGCCCAGAACGGCACCGUCACCGCCGACGCCGCCGCCCUGGUGAAGGAAUACUACGACGGUCUCCACGACUCCACGGGCAAGCGCGUCUACCUCAACUACCAACCCGGUUCAGCCUUCUCCGAGGCCACUGCUUCCUUUGACGAGGCGACGCAGACCUGGGACCUGAGCAUCUCCAGCCUCGGCGGCGAAUGGGUAGCGCGCUACCUCCAGCUUCGUGACACCAGCGACCUCGGCAACCUCGCCAACGUCACCGCCGAUACCCUCCGCGACUGGAUGCUCUACGGCAUGAACAAGUACGCCGACUCGUUGCAGACGACGCACCCGGACCUCAGCGGUAUCCAGUCCGCCGGCGGCAAGAUUCUUCACAUCCACGGCGAGCAGGACGAUUCUAUCCCCGCCGCCUCGUCUGUGCACUACUACGAGUCUGUGAGGAGCAUCAUGUUCCCUGGUCAGAGCUUCAACGACAGUGGUGCCGCGAUGGACGAGUUCUACAGGCUGUACCUCGUUCCCGGCGGCGCCCACUGCGGUGUCAACUCGAACCAGCCCGGUGGUGGAUGGCCCCAGACUACGCUGCAGACUGUCAUCGAGUGGGUUGAGAAGGAUACCGCACCUGCGACUCUGAACAACACCGGCGUCGGUAUCGACACGCUCUGCCGCUGGCCCAUGCGGCCUUUGUGGUCUAACGACGGUGCCUCGUUCGAUUGUAUUUACGACCAGGCUUCUAUUGACAGCUGGAUGUACACUUUCGAUGCCUUCAAGAUGCCCGUCUACUAA